AUGAAAGCGUGGACAGCCCACGACCAAGACACAACAUUGUCUUGCUGCAGAACACUGCACGUCAAACACGCAGCUUACGCAAGUGCCCUCUAUACUUUGAAUAUAUCAAUUUUUGUGGUGCUGUUAUAUAGUUGGAGGAUCGGUGUUAAUGCUAAGAAGUAUAAAGAUCUCGACGAUGUUUAUUACGGUGUACAGAUAGCAUAUUUCGCGAUUAUCGGAACACAAAUGUUUAUGAUCGUGCUCAGUAUAUUCCUUUUUUACGGGAUUUAUAAAGAAAACGUGGCAUUUCUCGUGCCGUGGGUGUUGGGCUGUAUGACGUUCAUGGCAUUGGAGGCUAUGGCCAUGGUCUACUCUAACAUACUACGAGAUCACGUCAACAAACAAUUCGACGCGAUGUGCAAAGCGGAAAUAUUAUUUUUAAUACCGAGAAUACUCUUGAAUUGUCUAUGCAUAUGGUGCGUAUUGCGACUGUAUCACCUCUUAAGAGUAGGAGUCACGUGGAAAGGCUCAGCUGCUAUCGAGCUG